ACUAUCUAUAACCGGGAGCAAUUUCCAUACAGCAUUGCCUCCUGAUCCCCGCCACAUGCUUACAGAAUAAUCCAUCGUGGUGUUUCGUAUGGCGAUGGCGCGGUCUCGGCGAACAGAUCGUGAGUUGAGCGUGGAUUAUCACGGCAAACACGUUGUACCGUCAGUGUCGCAAGAACUUUCGUGCCGCGCGGAAGUUAUUGGCCGGAAGAACUCAGAGAUACCACACCGUGAACAGUUCGUUCGCGAAGUCACCGUGAAAAUUGUAAUUCAAGAAACGAUCAGGUAGAUAACAUGACUACGGUGCAGCCGGUACAAUCGAAUGGAGUGAUAAAGGGUUUUGCUGCAAACGACAAGGAAAAGGAUUUUUAUUAUGCGAAGUGCAACGAGACCGGUCUUGAUGGACCUGAUCAAGUCUUGCCCGCGCACUCGGCAGUCACAACGCAACCGAAUGGACGGGUGCAAAUCAAAAUAAAUAAAGAAGGUAUAGGUUCCACGCCGCCUAUAUCGGUGCCUGGAUUAUUAACAAAAACAGCUAACACUUAUCCCGAUCAGAUCGCAUUCGUAACGAGACCUGACGCUGACGGCGAGAGGAAGACGUACACUUUCAAAGAAUACGAGACUCAAGUGAGGAUCGUUGCUAAGGCUUUCUUGAAACUGGGUUUAGAACGGCAUCAUAGUGUUUGUAUUCUGGGAUUCAACAGUCCGGAAUGGCUUAUUUCAGACCUUGCCGCUAUAUAUGCAGGAGGAUUGGCCGCGGGAAUAUACACAACAAACACUCCAGAAGCAUGUCAAUACUGCGCUGAAAGCAGUCGAGCAAAUAUAAUAGUGGUGGAAGAUAAAAAACAGUUGGAGAAAAUAUUACAAAUAAGGAAGAAUCUUUCUCACUUGAAAGCAAUUAUCAUGUAUGACGGAGAAUCGGAAGAAAAAGAUGUUUUGAGUUGGAAAGAUGUGUUAAAAAUAGGGGAGAAGGAACCUGAUGAUAAAUUGAAUGCAGUUCUAAGGACAAUCGGUGUGAAUGAAUGCUGUACUUUGGUUUAUACGUCAGGUACAGUUGGGCACCCAAAGGCUGUGAUGUUAAGUCAUGAUAAUCUUGUACAUGACGCAAAAAAUAUUGUUCACAGUUAUGAACUGGUGGCCACAGAAGAAGUUCUAGUUAGCUAUUUACCAUUAUCUCAUGUUGCAGCACAGAUAGUUGACAUAUAUUGCUGUAUGACUGUAGCAGCGACAGUAUAUUUUGCAGAUAAAAACGCAUUAAAGGGUAGUUUGAUCGAAACUCUACUUGUAGCACGACCUACCGUUUUCAUAGGCGUACCUAGAGUAUGGGAAAAGAUUUUUGAAAAGAUGCAAACAAUUGCACGUAAUAAUGGUCCGAUAAAAAAUUGGAUUUCUUCUUGGGCAAAGGCACAGGGACUUUAUUACUAUAUGAACAAAAUAAACGGCAAUGACUAUAAGCAUUGGGGCUACGUAUUUGCUAAAUGGUUAAUAUUUAACAAAGUGAAAACAGCACUUGGUUUAGAUAGAUGUAAAGUAUGCAUUACUGCUGCUGCACCCUUGAGUGAAGAAAUUAAACAGUACUUUUUAAGCUUAGAUAUUCUUAUAUUAGAAGCAUAUGGAAUGUCUGAAAGCAGUGGUGCACACACUUUAGGUACAAACACACAUUAUAGACUAGGUUCUGUUGGACGGGGAUUACCUUCAUUUUCUACGAAAGUAGAUAAUCCAGAUGCUUCUAAUGAAGGAGAAAUGUGUAUGGGUGGUAGACAUAUAUUUAUGGGAUACUUAAAUGACCCUGAAAAAACUGCAGAAGCUAUAGAUCCAGAUGGAUGGUUGCGUACUGGUGACGCGGGCAAGGUGGACUCAGAUGGAUAUUUGUUUAUCACAGGGAGACUUAAAGAAUUGAUUAUCACUGCUGGUGGAGAGAAUGUACCGCCAGUCCAUAUAGAACAAUUAGUAUUAGCUGAAUUACCCGUAUUAAGCAAUGCUCUCUUAAUUGGAGACAAAAGAAAGUACCUCACUAUAUUGGUAACUCUAAAGACUGAGAUGAACAAUAAAACAGGUGCACCAGAAGAUACGUUUACUCCAGAAGCUUCGCAAUGGUUGCAAUCUAUUGGAAGCAAGGCAACAACAGUUUCAGAAGUCAUAAGAACGCAUGACCCACUUGUAUAUGAUGAAAUUGAUAAGGCAAUUAAAAGAGCAAACGCAAAAGUUGUAAGUAAUGCACAGAAAGUUCAGAAAUUCAAACUUCUGCCACAUGAUUUCUCAGUACCAACCGGGGAAUUAGGCCCAACACUUAAAGUAAAGCGGAAUGUUGUCCACAAAAUGUAUGAAGACCUGAUAGAAGAUAUGUACAAGUAAAUAUGUUACAUCAAACUGUGCAAAAUGUAUCCUAAAAAAAGUUCCAAUACUAUCAAAAAGUACAUAUUGAAGCAACUGCCAAUCAGCCUAUAUAAAACGCUUUAAUAUUUAAAAUAAUUGUGAUAUUAUACAAGUAAAAAAAAACAAGUAAUGU